AUGUCUGGGGAGCGGGGCCCGGCGGCGGGGGGAGGCUGCGGGCGCUGCCGGCCGCUGCCCGCUGCCCCGGGAGCGCUGCUGUGCCGGCGGGCGGGGGGCGGCGCUCAGGCGGCUCCGGCGGGGGCCCGCUCCGGCGGGGGCCGCUCAGCAGGCGGCGGCGACGGGGGGCGGCCCUCCCGCGGGCCUCCAGGCCGCCUCAGCGCCACGGAGGAGGAGGAGGAGAAGGAGGGGGGGGGAUUGGGGGGGCCCGGGGCCCUUCUUCCGCGUCCAGCGCCGGCCCCCCCGGCCGCGGCGAGGGUCGGGGCUCCUCCCGCCGUCCGGCGGCGGCCCCUGCGGGGCGGGGGAGGGCCGCGGGCAGUGGCGGCGGCGGGCGGGGGGCGCUGUGCGGAGCCCGUGUCCCUCCCCGCCCCGCCCGGCCGCCCCUCGCUGCUGCCGCCGCUGGCGGUGGGUGGAUGGUGUUUUCCUCCUCCUCCUCCUCCUCCUCCUCCUCCUGCCGCCGCCGCUGCCGCCGCCGCCGCCGCCUUGUUUACGCUCCGUGCGGGUCUCCCGGUGCUGAGGGAAGCGGGCGGCGGCCCGGGCCCAGAGAGGGAGUGCUGUCCGUGCCCGUCCUCGCUCCCCUCCGCCUGGCGCUGCCCGCACGGCGGCCCCGCUCACCCGCUCCUCCUCACACACUCGCCUCUGCCUCUCUCCACUCUGACAGCAAUGGCGGCCGCCAGCCGCAGCUCGCUUCGCCAUUGGCCGGCGCUUCCCCACGUGACUCGCGGCGGAGGGCGGGGGUUCAUCCGGACCCGCUGGGUGCAGCCAGCAGCAGCUGCCCUCCCGUGCACCUGGGAGCUCCCGGCCCGCAUUGAGCCACCAUCACGGCCCCGACGUUGGCCAGCACUCACGGCUUGGGACGGGAGCAGCACGUGUACAGUGAUCUGAUUCAUUGCCAAAAGCUCUCUGUGCUUCAUGGCAGCUUUCCUUAUCACGGUUUCAAUCUUACUUAGGCAUCCUUUUUGCAAUUCACUUUGCUUUGCAAUAAAUUAAGAAGAUUAGCAUCUA